AUGAAAGCCGUCUUCCAGAUGAGCAACUUGGGGCCUCUCUCCUUCUACCCGGGGAUCGAGGUGCACCAGGACAACUCCGGCAUCACACUCCGACAGACCGCCUACGCCAAGAGCGUCGUUGAGCUGGGUGGGCUCACCGACUACAACCCGGCUCUCACUCCGAUGGAGGAGAGGCUGAAGUUGAGCUGUGAUAGCACGACUGAGGAGGUGGAUGCUACACAGUACCGGCACCUUGUGGGGAGCCUUCACUACCUCGCCCACAUGCGGCCGGACUUGGCAUUCUUCGUCGGCUACGCCGUCAAGAGGAUCCUCCGCUACGUCGCGGGGACUCUCGACUACGGCCUCCACUACCCUAGGUGUCUCGAGGCGGCACACUUCAUCGGUUACAGUGACAGCGACCACGCCGGUGAUAUCGACACCAGCAAAAGCACGAGCGGGAUGCUCUUCUUCCUUGGCAAGUGCCUCCUCGCUCGGCUGCUCGGUGAUCUCCUUGGCAAGGACGUUGAAGCAGUGGAGCUCAGGGUGGACAUCAAGUCCGCUCUGACUCUAGCGAAGAAUCCCGUCUUCCACGAGCGAAGCAAGCACAUCAGAGUGAAGUACCACUUCAUCCGAGGUUGCUUGGAGGAAGGGAGUGUCAAGGCAAACUACAUCAACACCAAGGAUCAACUCGCCGACCUCCUCACCAAGUCCCUUAGAAUGAUCAAGUUCCAGGAACUUUGCUCUGGGAUUGGGAUGGUCCAGCUGCCGCUCAAGACACGCAAGACUUAG